UGCAAGUCUCUUUCCUUGAACGGUUCCGAAUCCCCAUCCGUCCUUUCUUCCUCUUCCAUUACACAGUAAAUGACGACGACCAUUUCACAGCUUCAAGCUGCAUACUUAAAUCCACCUCUCUCUAUCUCUCUCUCUCGCUCGCUCGCUCUCCCCAAUGGCGAAUCUCCUCCUUCCCAUCUUCUCCUACCUUCUCCUCUCCACCGUCGCCUCAUCCACCUCAUCUCUUCACCGAACCAAACGCAUCAUCUCCGACGUGCUCGACGACCACCUCUCCUCCGCCACACCAUCACCGCCGCAUCCGACCACAUUCUUCGAAGUCAGCCGACCCAUUCCGGUCCCCAAAACUCCGCCUUGCUCCACCCUCGUCCUCCGCCACGACUUCGCCUUCACGUACGAAAAACCUCCGGUCACUGCCACCUACUCCCCUCCCUCCCACUGCUCCCUCCUCCGCCGCCGCCUCCCUGCGCGCGUCAUUCUCGAAUGGUCCGCCGCAUCCACCGGCCGCCAAUUCGAUCGCAUCUUCGGCGUCUGGCUCGCCGGCGUCGAGCUCCUCCGCAGCUGCACCGCCGAACCUCGCGCCACCGGAAUCCUCUGGUCCGUUCGCAAAGAUGUCACUCGCUACUCCACCCUCUUCUCCAAACCGCAAACUCUCGCCGUCUACCUCGGCAAUCUCGUCGACCAGACCUACACCGGCAUCUACCACGUCAACAUCUCGUUCCACUUCUACUUCGACCCGCCGCCCCCACAUCCGCCGGCGACGGCGACGGCGGCUGUCCCAGCGUUCGUCUCCCCCGCCGAUCUCAUCAUUCCCAUAUCAAAAACUCUACCUUUAAACGAUGGAUUAUGGUUUCAGAUCCAGAACUCAAACGAUAUUCAGGGGAAGGAAAUCUCCAUCCCUAGAAACGCAUACAGAGCAGUUCUUGAGAUCUACGUCUCCUUCCAUUCAAGCGACGAGUUCUGGUAUACAAAUCCUCCUAAUUCAUAUAUAUCUAAGAACAAUCUCACUUCUGUUCCUGGCAAUGGAGCUUUCAGGGAGGUCACUGCAAGCUUAGAUACUAAGCUGGUUGGAGCUGUUUGGCCAUUCACUGUGAUCUACACAGGAGGGUUGAAUCCACUUCUCUGGAGACCAAUUUCAGGUAUUGGUUCUUUCAAUCUCCCUUCAUACGACAUCGAAAUCACACCAUUUUUGGGAGAAAUUUUGGAUGGGAAGAACCAUUUCUUUGGAUUUGGUGUUACAGAUGCUUUGGAUGUCUGGUUUAUUGAUGCAAAUCUGCAUCUUUGGGUUGAUAGCAGGAGCUAUUCUACAAAAGGAAAUCUGAUUAACUAUAAAGCACCUCCAUUUUCUCCAUCUUUGGUUUCAAAGUUUAAGAAUCUUGAUGGGCAUUUUGACACUACUGCAAGAAGAAAGAUUUCUUCAACUGGAUGGGUGAAGUCCUCUUAUGGAAAGAUCACUACACAUUUCUUCCAGAGUUUCAAAUUUACUAAUAAGAUGAAGUUUGCAGGAAAUGGAAGCAUUCAAGAAGUGAAUCAGAGCAUAGAUUAUAAUCAUGGAAGUUAUGCCAAAUAUUCAUCUUCAGCUUUGUUCUCUGAACAAGUUUUUCAAAGCUUUCCUCUUUAUUUAAGUUCAGGGACUGAAGAUCAGGAUAACGAUAGUUUCUCUUUGAUUACAAAUAUUACAUUAGGGUUCAAUGAGAACAAGUUUUCAGGAGAAAGAUUUGGUUUUUCUUUAAGUAAUUUGAGUAAUUCACAGACUGGUCAAGGUGUUAUGCAAGUGAAGGGAAAUCUGGUUACUGGUGGUGUAGGUAGUACUGAACAAGGUUACAGGUAUGAAGGAACUGAUGGCUGCUACUAUAGAAAUGUUGGUAGCAGGAAUUAUAGUAUUCUAUAUGAUAAAUCUGGAGAUUAUUGUAGAAAGAGUUGAGAGUUUGGCUCUUGAGGACAUUUUUUCUCUUGAUGAACUGUUACAAUGAAUAAUAAAACUGGGAAGCUUCAU